GCAGCUUGAGGCCGUGGUGCGCAUUGCAGAGUCUCUCGCUAAGAUGAAGCUGCAGCCCAUCGCUGGAGAGGAAGAGGUGGACGAGGCUCUGAGACUCUUCCAGGUGUCCACACUGGACGCGGCUCUGUCCGGCAGUCUCUCCGGUGUUGAAGGAUUUACCACUCAGGAGGAUCAGGAGUUGAUCUCUCGCAUAGAAAAACAGCUGAAGAGACGCUUCGCCAUCGGCUCCCAGGUGUCUGAACACAGCAUCAUACAGGAUUUCACCAAACAGAAAUAUCCAGAACACGCCAUUCACAAAGUCCUUCAUCUGAUGAUGAGGAGAGGUGAAGUGCAGCACCGCAUGCAGAGGAAGGUUCUCUACAGGGUCAAGUAGACAGAUGCUGUGUGUUUGUCUCGCAUUAUUCGGUCAGCAGAAUCUGAGAUCUGAUGGGCAUCUAAAGGCAGAUGUGCAGAAAUAAGCCACCGCAAAAAUGAUAUACAAUUCCGAUUUAUUGUACAUAGUUGUUUGGAUACUUUAUAGCUGGAGAAAUGUCCUGUUUAUCAUUCCUACUGUUUGCUG